UAAAGCCCUACACAUGGGGCGCGGUGCCUCAGUCACACUGUAGUUAUGACUGUAACUUUGCAGGCUGUUGCGUCAGAAGCAGACAAUACCCAUGUGCGAAGUGACUCAUUACUUUCCCUGGGCACUAGAGAGUUAAAUGCAAGGCAUGAGUGCCUGAUGUCACUGGGGGCUUGUCAGAGGGAGGGGCAUCACAAGCUGAAUGGGCCACAUUGUACGCACAGUGACACAAAAAAGCCGGCACUGCUGAAAGAUACGCACCGCCACAGACAGACAGACCGACUGACUGACACACAGGGGCAACAGAGGAACAACCUAUCCGGCCUGAGAGUUUCUGGAAACGAAGAUUCUAGGCUGAAGAGCCAUGAUAGCAUCCCACUUGCUGGCAUAUUUCUUCACUGAGCUCAACCAUGACCAAGUUCAGAAGGUGGACAAGUACCUAUACCACAUGCGCCUAUCAGAUGAGACACUCUUGGAAGUGUCAAGCCGAUUUGAGAAGCAGAUGGAGAAAGGACUUGGGCAAGAGACCAGCCCCACCGCCUGCGUGAAGAUGCUGCCCACAUUUGUACGAUCUACCCCAGAUGGGACAGAAAAUGGAGACUUUUUAGCCCUGGACCUUGGAGGGACGAAUUUCCGUGUGCUUCGUGUUAAAGUGUCUGAUAAUGGAAUGAAGAAAGUGGAGAUGGAGAACCAGAUAUAUGCUAUCCCAGCAGAUCUUAUGCGUGGCAGCGGGGAACAGCUCUUUGACCACAUUGCAGAAUGCCUGGGCAAUUUCAUGGAGAAGCUGAACAUCAAAGACAAGAAACUGCCUUUAGGAUUCACUUUUUCCUUCCCCUGCCAACAGACCAAACUGGAUGAGAGUAUUCUAGUGAACUGGACAAAGGGAUUUAAAGCCUGUGGAGUUGAAGGAAAAGAUGUGGUCACCCUUUUACGGAAGGCAAUCAAGAAAAGAGGAGAUUUUGACAUUGAUAUUGUAGCAGUGGUGAAUGAUACUGUAGGAACCAUGAUGACUUGUGGAUAUGAUGACCACAACUGUGAGAUUGGACUCAUUGUUGGUACAGGGACCAAUGCAUGUUACAUGGAAGACAUGCGCCACAUCGAUUUAGUGGAGGGCGAUGAGGGAAGAAUGUGCAUCAACAUGGAGUGGGGAGCUUUUGGGGAUGAUGGCUGUUUGGACGAAAUUAGGACACAGUUUGAUAGGGAAAUCGACAUGGGAUCUUUAAACCCAGGGAAACAAUUGUUUGAGAAGAUGAUCAGCGGAAUGUAUAUGGGGGAGCUGGUCAGGUUUAUCCUUGUAAAAAUGGCCAAAGAAGACUUGUUGUUCGAAGGCAGAAUCACAGCUGAUCUCCUGACCCGUGGCCACUUUGAAACCCGAUAUGUUUCAGAAAUUGAGAAGGACAAGGAAGGGAUCAAGAAAGCACAUGAGAUCCUUACCAAGCUUGGCUUGGAGCCCUCACAUGAGGAUUCUGUUGCCACACACCGCAUUUGUCAGAUUGUGUCAACCCGUUCUGCCAAUCUGUGUGCAGCCACGCUCGGUGCCGUACUAAGGAGAAUCCGGGAAAACAAGGGUGUGGAAAGGCUAAAAUCUACAGUGGGAGUUGAUGGAUCUGUCUACAAAAACCAUCCUCACUUUGCCAGACGUCUUCAGAAGACUGUCCGCCGCUUGGUGCCAGAAUGUGAUGUUCGAUUCAUUCGGUCAGAGGAUGGAAGUGGCAAAGGUGCAGCUAUGGUGACUGCUGUAGCCUACAGACUGGCUGACCAGCAGCAUGAGCGGGAGAAGACACUGGAAGCCUUCAGUCUUAGCACAAAGCAGCUCCUGGAAGUCAAGAAGAUAAUGAGGCAGGAGAUGGACAGAGGACUGAAAAAGGAAAGUCAUGAAGAGGCUCCAGUUAAAAUGUUGCCCACAUAUGUGCGCUCAACCCCUGAUGGCACAGAGAAGGGAGAUUUCCUGGCACUAGAUCUUGGAGGCACCAAUUUCCGUGUACUACUUGUUCGUGUUCGGAAUGGGAGACGAGGAGUGGAAAUGCACAAUAAAAUCUACACAAUUCCCCAGGAUGCAAUGGUGGGAACAGGUGAAGAGCUGUUUGACCACAUUGUUCAUUGUAUUGCGGAUUUUCUGGAGUACAUGGGCAUGAAAGGAGUCUCCCUUCCCCUUGGAUUCACCUUUUCUUUUCCUUGCCACCAAAACAGUUUGAAUGAGGGAAUUCUACUCAAGUGGACAAAAGGCUUUAAGGCAACUGGAUGUGAAGGAGAGGAUGUUGUAAAUCUGUUGAAGGAAGCCAUCCAUAGGCACGAGGAAUUUGAUCUGGAUGUAGUAGCUGUUGUAAAUGACACAGUGGGCACCAUGAUGACCUGUGGCUACGAGGACCCUAACUGUGAGAUGGGGCUUAUUGUAGGUACUGGCAGCAAUGCCUGUUACAUGGAGGAGAUGAGAAACGUGGAGCUGGUUGAAGGGGAGGAGGGCAGAAUGUGCAUUAAUAUGGAGUGGGGAGCAUUCGGGGACAAUGACUGCCUGGAGGAGUUUCGCACAGUUUUCGACAGAGCUGUGGAUGAACUCUCCCUCAAUCCCGGAAAGCAGAGGUAUGAGAAGAUGAUCAGUGGCAUGUACUUGGGGGAGAUCGUCAGAAACAUCCUGAUAGAUUUCACCAAACGGGGGCUGCUUUUCCGAGGGAAGAUUUCAGAGAGGCUCAAGACCAGGGGCAUCUUUGAAACAAAGUUCUUAUCACAGAUAGAGAGUGAUCGCCUGGCUCUGCUUCAGGUCCGCUCCAUCCUACAGCACCUUGGUUUAAACAGCACCUGUGAUGACAGUAUCAUUGUAAAAGAAGUAUGCACAGUAGUGGCAAGGAGAGCUGCUCAGCUGUGUGGAGCUGGAGUGGCAGCAGUGGUGGAUAAGAUCAGGGAGAAUCGAGGCCUGGAGACCCUAAAGGUCACAGUUGGAGUGGAUGGGACUCUCUACAAACUUCACCCACACUUUUCUUCCAUCAUGCACCAGACCGUGAAUGAUCUAUCCCCAAAAUGCCAAGUGACAUUUUUACAGUCAGAAGAUGGCAGUGGAAAGGGAGCUGCUUUGAUCACUGCGGUGGCAUGCAGAAUCCGGGAAGCGGGAGAGCGCUAGGGUUGUGUGAUGGAGGGGGAGACGGUUAUGCUCAUUCCUGCACAUAGACUUCCUGCAGCCUUCAUCCUUCAUCUUCCUUAGCAUUGUGUGGUCUCCAAACUGCAUCAGCUGAUAUGCCUUCCUGGGAAAUGCACAAAAAGGGGCUGCCAACGAGCUUCCACACAUUCAUCUUUUUUAUUUAGGUGAUAACUGCGGUAUGCGGAGGAAAUUCUAGUUAGCUGCAUUACUACAGAUAUCUAGUUCUACAUUUUGCCUGGUAGAAGAGGGUUACGAAGGCCCAGAGGGGCCACAUAGUACAAACGCUUUUCCACUAUGGCUAAACAGCAGUGGGCUUCAAUGGAGAGCCAGAGUGAUGUUCCACCCAGUUGGUUCUGUUAGAAUUAUCUUUGGGGAAAACAUUUUAGUUUAGAAACUGAACAGAAACAGCCCAUUCAUUGUAGAAAGAACCGCCAUUUGUAAAAGUUUACAUGAUAAAUAAUCAUGAAUUGCCAUUUGCUGCUGCUGUUAUGUAUGAAGUCCAACACCGGCCUUUGUUGCACACUUGAUUAGGAGAAAUUAAAGAUGUGAAUGGGAAAAGUCUAUGGCACGAGUAGAACCUGCUGUUCGAUUCUAAUAAGGAGUGUUUUAUGUGUACCAUGAAAGUAACUAUAUUUAUAGAAAGGAACAGUUUAUUUAUUUUUUUCUACAGCAGUUAAUAAUUAAUGAUAUGUUAUGACUCAUAUGUAUUUUUCUACCUUGCAGGCACUUGUAUAGAGGCCUGAAAGAUGCCUUAGAUAUUUAAAUACCAUCUACACAUAGUUCUGCACACCAGGGAUCUUCCGCCUGCUCUCGUUUAAUUACAGGUUCCAGCAUAAGUUACAGGGGAUUCUGGGAGUUGUAGUUGAUAUACAACAGGUAGACUUCCUAGUUCCAUUUUGUUUGGAGUUAUUAAAAAUAUUCUUUUUUCGGUAUGCGUUUUAAAGCAAUACUACACAUUUCUUAUCAAGGAGACAGCGUAAUUCCUGUGUUUCCAAACAGUAGCUCUUUGCAGAGACAAACAGUCUUGAAUGUAUUCAAUGUGAAUAGAGAGAGAGGGAGAUGUAUGUGGUUCUACAUUGUGCAACCCUUAAAAGCUAUAUCCAAACUUGGGGAUCUUACAACUUGGGACACAUAAAUAUAUCCUAGGGCAUCAGCAAGCCCUAUUGUGUAAGAUGGUAGAGGAGCCCAAGCAGUCAAGAAUUAAAGUAGUAUCACUUUAAUCUGUAUUCUAUUUCAAUUGAGUUUACAUGCUGGAGGUUAGGUUACAUUUAGGAAUACCUCAUCUUUCAUUCCGGCUGCUUAUAAGGAGAAUGCUUACCAAACAUCAUUAGUAUACAUAGAUACAUCCCAUAAUGGAACCAAAUACUGGCACAUAAUAUAUAUAUUAGGAAACACAUGCUUACUGUUAUGCGGUACAAUGUGUCCACUGACACCUGUAUUAUAGUCAUUCUGUGUAUGUCUUCAAGAUGUUACAAUUAAAAAUGAAAAGAAAUGUACAAACUGAAGUAGCUCCUGUUUCAUCCUAAUAUAUAGCUCUAUAAUGUAAAAGGUAGGUCUAAUGGGUCCUGCACAGUUGAGCAUUUAAUGUACAACCUGUAAUGUACCUUCCAAUACAUUGGGGUAAUGUAAUAACAGGUGCAACAUUUGCUAUAGUCCUGGAACUUAUAUCAGCCAAUCAGCCGGCAGUAUUUAUUCAUCUGCUCUAUGAAAGCUAAUAUUUCUGUAGGUUUCUAGACCUCGGCUACAUUAGUUCCUGUUAUUACAGUUACCGGUAGACGCAUAUGUGAGUAUAAGCACACAGCUGCCCUGUUCUGGUGUCUUUGAGUUCAUGCGAGAAGACUACCAUCAUACCCUGUAGUUCUGCAACUUAACAUGGUGUUUAUGUUUAAUGUUCAUGUCUAACUUUGGCCGUUGGGAAUCUCGGAGCCACGUCUUACCAAUACAGGUAGUCUGUUUCAUGUACAGAGUCUAGAAGAGACGCUUGUUUAUUUAUAUUUGCUAUGUUAUUGGAUUUCUUUACGUGUAAUUUAAUAAAUUUGCUGAAUGCUUUAGUAGAAACCGAA